UGCAGAGAGGGAGGAAUAAUGAAGUGCUCAGUUCAGCUGACCACCAUGCAGUUAGUGAUGGGGGAAGUGGAAUGUUUUAAAAACAGGGUUAAUGGAUGGGAAGUUAAGGCUCUGUUCACAUCCCUAUGGUUAUCAAGCAAAGUUCAGUAGGAAGAAAAUUUUGUGGAAGAAAUCCUAUCAACUCAUGGACAUGCUGAUUUGACCUUCAUACUGCUAUCUGCACAGACCAUGAAGAGGUUUUCCUAUACAGCAUGCAGGGUAACAGCUCUGAUGACCAUAAUGAUUUUAGGCUCUGUGAAAGAGGGCAAAAGUAUACCAGACCCUCACCAAAGAGAGCUGAUGCUGCAGGAGGAGGCCUCCCAGCAGGUAGGGGGCAGAGUGGAGCUCAGCGCAGCAGAGCAGCGACUGGAUUCCUUCUUGCGUAAGCUGAAACAGCAGGAGAUGGUGGCUCCACAGUUUCCUCCUGCUAUGCACUUCUUCAGAGCAAAGCCCCACAUCCAAAAGAGCCCUGUGUUUAAAGUGCUGCAGAAAAUGCCUAAAGGGGCGGUCCUACACGUACACAGCUCUGCUCUGGUGAGCGUGGAUUGGCUUGUGAUGAAUGUGACAUACAGGCCUCAUUGCUACAUUUGCUUCACAUGGUCGGGGUCAGUGAAGUUUUUGUUUUCUGCCCAGCGACCCUUCCCGCACUGGGGCUGCUCUUCUUGGAGCCUCCUGGAACAGCUCAGGGCUACCAUCAGUGAUAUUCCAGCUUUUGACAAAAGUUUGAUGCAGAACCUCACACUGUUCACUGAGGACCCAGAUGUGGCAUAUCCUAACCAGGACGUAGUGUGGGAGCGCUUUGAGAAGAUAUUCAUCGCAAUCUCAGGGCUGAUCUCCUAUGCACCUGUUUUUAAGGAUUACCUGUACCAAGGCCUUCAGCAACUCUAUGAUGACAACAUCUUGUACCUGGAGCUGAGGGCUGGCCUGUCCAAGACAUACAAGCUUGAUGGCACCAUCCACGACAGAGAAUGGUCCCUCCAAACAUACAAAAACAUAACUGAACAGUUCAGUUUAGAGCAUCCAGACUUUAUUGGGAUUCGGAUCAUUGUGACUGUCCAUAGAGCGCUCAGUUUGUCUCAGGUGAAACAAACAAUCAGUGAUACCAUAGAGAUGCAAAAACAGUAUCCAGAGAUCAUCGCUGGCUUUGAUCUGGUAGGACGAGAGGAUACUGGAAAAUCCAUCUGGUACUUCCGAGAGGCGCUCUCAGUCCCCUCAGAAGUUAAAGCCAACCUUUCCUAUUUUUUUCAUGCAGGCGAGACUGACUUAGAUGGCACGGAUGUGGACAGGAAUGUUCUGGAUGCUCUGUUAUUUAACACCACCCGCAUUGGGCAUGGUUUUGCCCUGGCACACCACCCCCUAGCAAAGGAGCUCUCCAGAAAGAGAGGAGUGCCACUGGAAGUGUGUCCUAUAUCCAACCAGGUGCUGAAGCUGGUCUCAGACUUGCGGAAUCACCCUGCUGCUGUGUUAAUGUCAGAGGGGCAUCCAGUGGUAGUGAGCUCCGAUGAUCCAACGUUGUUUGGGACUACUGGACUCUCUUAUGAUUUCUAUGAAGUCUUUGUUGGAAUUGGAGGUCUGAGCGCUAAUGUAGGCACACUUAAGGAGCUGGCAAUGAAUUCAAUCAGGUACAGUUCCUUACCGCCAGCACUGAAGGACAAAGCCACAGCCAUAUGGAAACAAAAGUGGGACAAAUUCAUACUGGAGAAUUCAUGACUAAAGACCUAAAUGACAACUUUUACC